UCAUCAAGGCGCCGAGCGCGCGGCCGGCCGGGUUCCACGAUGGUGCUGGAGGCGGCGGACCAGGCUGCGGUGCGCGCGCUGUGGCUGAAGCUGGGUAGCAACGUCGGCGUCUACACGACCGAGGCCCUGGAGAGGACCUUCCUGGCCUUCCCUUCCACCAAGACCUACUUCCUCCACCUGGACCUGAGCCCCGGCUCCGCCCAGGUCAGAGCGCACGGCCAGAAAGUGGCCGACGCGCUGACCCUCGCCGUGGACCACCUGGACGACCUGCCCGGCGCCCUGUCGGCUCUGCGCGAGCUGCACGCGCACAAGCUGCGCGUGGACCCCGUCAAGUUCAAGCUGCUGGUCCACUGCCUGCUGGUGACCCUCGCCCGGCACUACCCCGGAGACUUCAGCCCCUCCCUGCAGGCCUCGCUGGACAAGUUUCUGAGCCACGUGAUCUCGGCGCUGGUCCCCAACUGUCACUAAAUUGGGAGGGUGGUCGCGUGGGGCUCGUAUUUGAGUAAAGUCCGC